AUGGGCUGCAUAUUCUCAAAAAGAAAUACAGAAGACGAAAUUAAUGUUCAACACGAGAAGACUCAAGAAACUGCAACGUCCUCAGUUCAAUUGAUUGCACCUACAACCUCCAAGAAAGAUGACUUCUCACAUAAAUCAGUGGACGGAAGCUCUGGUGGAUUGGCGCAUAAACCAUCCAGUGGAUUGAUUGUUCCUAUAGAUGAUAGUGAUGGUAAAACGGUAAUUGUGGAGAGACCCACAAAGUCUCACCGGAGAUGUUCAACAGCAGAUGUUGGAACAGGAGGAGGAUUUCAGUUGUUUCAGUCGAGUAAUGUUAUCUCAAUUAGUGUUCCACAUAGCCCCGAGUCUGAGCUCAUUGCCGCUGGAUGGCCUUCUUGGUUAACCUCUGUUGCAGGUGAAGCCAUCAAGGGUUGGGUUCCUCGACCUGCGGAGUCCUUUGAGAAGUUGGACAAGAUUGGGCAAGGGACUUACAGUAGUGUGUACAGAGCUCGUGAUCUCGAGACUGGUAAAAUGGUAGCCAUGAAGAAGGUUAGAUUCGUCAAUAUGGAUCCCGAGAGCGUGAGAUUCAUGGCCAGGGAAAUCAACAUCUUGAGGAAACUUGACCAUCCAAAUGUUAUGAAGCUCGAGUGUCUUGUCACCUCAAAACUCUCUGGUAGCUUGUACCUUGUGUUUGAGUACAUGGAGCAUGAUCUUUCGGGCCUCGCUCUUAGACCCGGUGUCAAAUUCACAGAACCUCAGAUCAAAUGUUACAUGAAACAGCUGCUUAGCGGUCUUGAACACUGCCACAGCCGUGGAAUCCUCCACCGAGACAUUAAGGGUUCAAAUCUCUUGGUGAACAAUGAUGGAGUCCUCAAGAUUGGAGAUUUUGGUCUAGCGAGUUUCUAUCAUCCAGAUCAAGAUGAACCCUUGACGAGCCGUGUAGUAACCUUGUGGUACAGGGCCCCUGAGCUUCUACUAGGAGCUACAGAGUAUGGAGCCGGCAUAGAUCUGUGGAGUGUUGGUUGCAUUCUAACAGAACUUUUCUUAGGGAAACCAAUCAUGCCGGGAAGAACAGAGGUGGAGCAAAUGCAUAAGAUCUUCAAGUUGUGUGGUUCGCCAUCCGAUGAUUACUGGCGAAAGACAAAACUACCACUUGCGACAAGUUUCAAACCUCAACAACCUUACAAACGUGUCCUUUUAGAGACGUUCAAGAGUUUGCCAUCUUCUGCUCUAGAACUUGUUGACAAGCUUCUAUCCUUAGAACCAGAGAAGCGAGGCUCAACGUCAUCAACACUAAACAGCAAGUUCUUCACAACGGAACCACUCCCUUACGAUGUAUCAAGUUUGCCCAAGUAUCCUCCAAGCAAGGAACUAGAUGCAAAGGUCCGCGACGAAGAAGCAAGAAGGAAACGGGCAGAAACUGUAAAGAGACGUGAAGCUGAAUCGGUGAGAAGGGGUUCGAGAGACUUAAAUGAUGAGGAAGCGAGUAGAACAGGGUCGAGAGGAGAGACGGGAAGAGGCGACAGAGAUAAAGGCUUUUCUCAUACCAAUUCAAUGGUUCACCCGAGCAUAACAACAACAUGGAGUAAAAACGAGAGCUCUAGGAACAAUGUAGUAGGGCUGAAUGCUACCCGAUCUAGCAACGUGCCGAUGACAGGAAGAUACUUGUCUCCAUCAAAUAGAGAUGAUGCAGCAAUUGAACCCACAACGACAUACAGACGCAAGAAGAACAUAAUGCACUGUUCAGGUCCACUGAUGCCUCCAGGUGGAAACAUUGAGGAUAUUUUGAAAGAGCAUGAGAGGCAAAUCCAAGAGGCUGUAAGAAAAUCGCGGCUUGAGAAAUCUGCAACAAAGAAAAACCACAGAACAGGUGCAUAA